AUGGCCUCCUCAUCCCCCACCAGCCCCUUCCCUUCAACACCAUACACCCCAAAAUACGAUAAAUGGCCAUACGCACCCUCGGACUUUCAGCGCUACGACGAGAACCCAGAUGGUGACUUCUACCGGCAACCGCGACUCGUGACGCAUAUUGAUGACCCGGCUAUUGCGCGGUUGACGCAAUAUUACGACACAGUUUUGCCCCGGAAGGGGGAGAUGCUGGAUAUGUGUACGAGUUGGAAGUCGUUCUAUCCCUCAUCUAUCAAAGAAGCGAUUCAAAAGGGCGAGCUGAAAGUCUAUGGCGUGGGUUUGAAUAAAGAAGAGAUGGCGCUGAAUGGGUGUUUUCUGGGCAAAGAGGAGAGGUGGAGGGUGCUGGAUUUGAAUGCGCCGCCGCAUGAUGUUAGAGUAGGGUGGGAAGGUGAAGAAUUGCAGUUUGAUGCUACGACGUGUGUGGUUAGUGUGGAUUACUUGAAUGAGCCGCUGGAGGUUUGUAGGAAGUUGCUUGAGGCGACUAAGGAGGGGGGAACGGUGCAUUUGGUUAUUAGUAACCGGUGCUUUCCGAAUAAAGUUGUCAGGAGGUGGUUGAUGUUGGAUGAGCGGUCGAGAUUGGAGUUUGUGGGAGAUUAUCUUCACUUUUCUGGAUGGAAGGAUGUAGAAAUCGUUGAUCUUUGUGCGAGAGAGGAAAAGGGCAUGCGAGUCACAGACGACCAAGGUACGGUUCUUAUACGCUCACCACAUCUUCCAGACCAUUUGGACCCACUGUGGGUAGUUCGAGCUACGAAGCAGGCGUAG